AUGAUGUUCAAACGCUGCUCUCUGCUGCUGCUGGUCCUGCUCUUGGACGUCCAGCUGUACUCGGCAGCACCGAUACAAGAUCAGACUUCAGAGGACAAUGCAGACCCAGAUGAACCUCCUCCCAGUACACCAGAAGAAGAAAUAUCUGUUAUCCUCAUCCCAGCAGAACCUGAAACAGAAGAUCAGACAGAACCUGCAGAAGAGGAAACAGCACCAGAAGAGGAUCCUGCUGUUAUUGUUCCUGUAGACUCUGCUGAAGAGGAACAAGAGACAGCUGAAGAAGAGGAACCUCCAGAGGAAGAAGAAGAAGCAUUGCUCCCCAUAGAACUGGAAGAAAACGUUGAGGAAGACCUCGCCACUGAUGAAGAACAUGAAGAAGAAUCUGUUGUCGUCUUUCCUGCAGAGCGUGAGACUGAAGAGGAAGGUGAAGCUGCUGCAGAGGAGACGACACCAGAAGAGUCACCUGGAGAUGAUCUGGUUGUCCUUGUUCCUUUGAAUCCAGGUGAGGAAGAUCUGGAACAGGAGCUUCUAGAAGAAUCGGUCCUCGUAGAUUCUCCAGAAGAACCAGAAGAAGAAGCAGCUGCUCCUGAAACUGACAGCGUUGCUCAGGAGGUUCCUGUGCCAGUAGCUGUGGAGGAAGACACCGAAGAAGAUCCUGCAACUAAUGAAGAAACUCUCCCAAGUUCUCCAGAAGAAGACGAAUCUCUUGUCCUCGUUCCAGUAGAGCCUGAGACAGAAGGUGAGGAGCAGGUAGAACCAGUCCCAGAAGAACCUGCUGUCAUAGUUGUUGUUGUUGAACCAACUGACGAGGAACCAGCUCCAGAGGAUGCAGUCCUCAUAACUCCCCUCGAAGAUCCAGGAGAGGACGGUCCAGAGGAACACACAGCAGAAGAGGAAGAAGUCGUUCCAUCAGAUCCUCUGCCAGAGGAACCGGCCCAAGAAGAGGAGACAUCAGAGGAUCCAGUCAUACUUACUGUACCUGUCACCGAGUCCACAGACGAGGCUGUGACCUUGGAGGAAGCAUCGGAUCCUGUUGAGGACGUCCCAGCAGCUCCAACAGAGAUCAUCACUGAGGCUGAACCUGUCACCGGUGCUGAUGGAGGAAACCAAACCGUCCCUGCUGCCGUGGAGGCUGGAAACCACAACCACAGUCACAUCCGGCUGCGUGGAGACGACUUUAUAGCUGCUGUGACACUGAUAGAAGACGAGCCCGUCGUUCUCCUGAACAGAGGGGCGGUGCUCGGAGCAGCGUUCUUCACACUCAUGUCUUUCAUCGUGGACCCUGAAGUGAAGGUGGAGCAGCUGUUUGGGGAGCAGCAGAAGCACCGAGCAGAACAGGUUUUACUGAACUGGAUCUUGGCUGAAGCAGAGUCCCCUGAAGGAGACGCUCACACGGUCAUGGCCAUCACCGGAGGGACGCUGGAGUCUCUGGAUGACAUUCCAGCUCAGGUGUGGAAAGGUCUGCCGGACUGUCUGAACCUCAGACCUUCUGCUGUGAAUCAAAGCCGUAUUGGUGUCUGGGCCACAAGAGUCAUUCCAAAAGGGAAGCGGUUCGGUCCGUUUGUUGGAGAGAAGAAGAAGAGGUCCCAGGUGACCAGUAAUGUCUACAUGUGGGAGGUGUAUUUCCCAGCGCGAGGGUGGAUGUGCGUCGACGCCACCGACCCCACGAAGGGGAACUGGCUGCGGUACGUGAACUGGGCUCGAUCCAGUGAGGAGCAGAAUCUUUUCCCGCUGGAGAUCAACAGAGCCAUCUACUACAAGGUUUUAAGGCCUAUCGGGCCGGGAGAGGAGCUGCUGGUGUGGUACACGGUGGAAGACAACCCCGAGAUAACAGCUGCACUGGAGGAAGAAAGAGCCAGCAGUCUGAGCAGGAGAAACUCACCCCGGGCGAAGCGAGGUGAGGCCUUACCUACCGCUGAUGACUUUCUACAGCUCGUCCGUGCUGUCCGUGCCGCUCACGCGUGGGGCCGAACCGAGCCCGCGACCCGUUUCCGAUUCGCUGCCCAGUCGAAGUUGUGCCAGGACGAGCUAAGCUAG